AUGCGAAGAGGCAUUCAGUCAACGAGGGGAAGAAGACUGAGGUCGGGAAGGUUCGACCUUUGGGAUGGCGUGUGUUCGUUGGACUUUUUAAUUCCCAGAUACGCAGAGCGAGGAAGUUCUGCUAGCGAGCCUGGUCAUGGCCUGCAAGCCAGGCGGAGUGAGCGGGAGUUUAGGUUUCCGCGAGCAAUUAGUAGUAGUAGCACUACCUGGUCAGUGGAAUCAGUCCAAAUCCCCGUCCGAGGCCGUGCUGCUCUGAGUUGGUCUAGUCGGAAGGAGCUAGGCCGGCUGGGGAGCUGGUUUCGGUGGACGAGCGAGCACCCACUCCCCCAUUCUGGAUCGAGGAUCUGA